UGAAAAUCGUUUGAGUCUAAGUUUUGCUCUCUCCUUUUCAAGCUCGUUAUCGUCCCAGGCGCUGCCCUGAAGAAAAGGUAGUUUCAAUUCAUAAGCCACAACACUUAGCUUCUUGAUCACUAUGUAUGGACCAUAGAACUUAGAUGUUAACUUCAAAAUUGCUCCUCAAUGCAAUAGUUGCGUGUUUGUGUGCAAGUGAAGACCAAGAUGCAAACUGAAAGUGCUUUGUCAGUUAUGGGGCCAAGGCCAAUGGAGUUGUCUGCUGUGCUUCCUAGCGGUCCCCAAGGACUUGGACCAAAUGGAAAACCACGGACAUCAAGCUUGGAGUCACCAAUUAUGUUGCUAUCUGGACAUCAAAGUGCAGUAUAUACUAUGAAGUUCAAUCCAGCAGGAACAAUCAUUGCAUCUGGUUCACAUGACAAAGAAAUCUUUCUUUGGAAUGUACAUGGUGAUUGCAAGAAUUUUAUGGUCUUGAAAGGGCACAAAAAUGCAGUUCUUGAUGUUCAAUGGACUACUGAUGGAUCAACAAUAGUAUCAGCUAGCCCCGAUAAGACUGUUAGGGCAUGGGAUGUAGAAACAGGGAAACAAAUAAAGAAAAUGGCUGAACAUUCCUCAUUUGUUAACUCAUGCUGCCCAGCUCGUAGGGGCCCUCCUCUUAUUGUCAGCGGAUCUGAUGAUGGCACUGCUAAACUUUGGGAUAUGCGCCAAAGAGGAGCCAUACAAACAUUUCCAGACAAAUUUCAAAUUACUGCCGUCAGUUUCUCUGAUGCCUCCGAUAAAAUCUGCACAGGUGGUAUUGACAAUGAUGUGAAAUUGUGGGAUUUACGAAGGUGUGAAGUAACUAUGACUCUUCAAGGCCAUCAAGAUACUAUAACUGGUAUGCAGCUGAGUCCUGAUGGGUCUUAUCUUCUUACUAAUGCCAUGGAUUGCACACUCCGCAUAUGGGACAUGCGCCCUUAUGCGCCCCAAAAUCGAUGUGUUAAGAUCUUGGAAGGCCACCAACACAAUUUUGAAAAGAACUUGCUGAAAUGUAGUUGGUCGCCUGAUGGAAGUAAGGUAACAGGUGGGAGUUCUGAUCGCAUGGUUUAUGUUUGGGACACAACAUCUAGGCGGAUCCUGUAUAAGCUCCCUGGACACACUGGAUGUGUUAAUGAAUGUGUUUUUCAUCCUAAUGAACCAAUUGUUGGAUCUUGCAGUAGUGACAAACAGAUGUAUCUUGGUGAGAUUUGAUUGGUAUUACUACCUGUCUAACCUUGAGCUAAAUAUUUAGGAUGAGAUUUGGGAAGUAGGUGAGGAUUUAUGAAGUUGUAAUCAAAGUUUGUGUCACACUAUGGGCGAACAUUUGAACUGAGAUAUCGUGAUAUGCUUGCUUCAUUUGGAGUAGUUGAUAGAUUUUAUUGGUGAUUGGGUAGUCACUUUAUUUACUUUUUUGUUGUUGAAUUCAGUAUUUAAACUUUGGCCUGAAGACUGAAAGUGUUGCUGCUA